UGGUUUCGGAGAGGCGGGGCGAGGCUGGACCCGGGCGGCGCCGGCAGCGGCAGGAAAUCGGGGCUGGUCCCCUGCCGGCGUGCAGCCCUGUCGCUGGCCAGGUCUCCGCUGAACGAUCCCUGGGCUUAACUAUGGAUACAUCAGAGCCAGGGAUCCCCCCAGCUCCUGAGAGCAGGAAGAGGUACAGUGACAUCUUCCGCAGCCUGGAUAAUCUCGAGAUCUCACUGGGAAAUGUAACCUUCGAGAUGUUGUCUGGAGACCCUGUAAUCUCAGAAGACCUGGAUCCUGACAAGGUCACCACAGCCACUGUGACCAGUGAAGCCAGCCGUUGGAGUGGCCCCUCCCCAGAGGGUCUUGCACCCCUCACAGGGGUGGAGUUGGAUUUGAGGCUCAUAAGGACCAAAGGGGGCGUGGAUGCAGCCCUGGAUUAUGCCAAGACGUGGAGCCGCUAUGCCAAGGAGCUGCUGGCCUGGACUGAAAAGAGAGCCAGCUAUGAGCAGGAGUUUGCUAAAAGCAUUAUGAAGAUUGCUGAGGCUGGCAAGGUGUCCAUCCACCAGCAGAGCCACAUGCCACUGCAGUAUAUCUACACUCUGUUUCUGGAGCAUGAUCUCAACCUGGGAACCCUGGCCUUGGAGACAGUAGCCCAGCAGAAAAGAGAUUACUACCAGCCACUGGCUGCCAAACGGACCGAGAUUGAGAAAUGGCGGAAGGAGUUCAAGGAGCAAUGGAUAAAGGAGCAGAAGCGGAUGAACGAGGCAGUGCAGAUACUGCGGCGGGCCCAGCUCCAGUAUACGCAGCGCAGUGAGGAACUUUGGGCGCGCUCCCAGGGGUCCCCUGAGGACCAUGGCCCUCAAGCCUCCCCUGGAACCAGCAAGCAGCAGGAGCGGCGGCGGAGGUCCCGAGAGGAGGCCCAGGCCAAGGCCCUGGAGGCUGAGGUGUUUUAUCAGGCAUGCGUCCGCGAGGCCAACGCACGCCAGCAGGACCUGGAAAACACCAAGCAUCGGAUUGUGUCCCACGUGCGCAAGCUGGUGUUGCAGGGGGAUGAAGUGCUGAGGAGGGUGACCCUAGGCCUCUUUGGGCUGCGCAGAGCACAGGCUGAACGCGGUCCUCGCGCUUUCGCAGCCUUGGCUGAGUGCUGCGCGCCCUUCGAACCUGGCCAGCGCUACCAGGAGUUUGUGCGGGCGCUGCGGCCUGAGGAUCCACCGCCCCCACCGCCGGCCUUCACCUUCCAGGAGUUUGUACCCAUGGUGAACAGCUCCCCUCUGGAUUCAAGAAAGAAGCUCUCUGGGCCCCCACCUCCCAGGCUGGAGGAGAGUUCGGCAGAGCAAGGCCCUUGGGAGGACACUGGCAUAGGCUGGCAGGGAACUCCAGGUCCUACUCCUGGCAGUGAUGUGGACAGUGUGGGUGGCAGCAGUGAGUCUCGGUCCUUGGACUCUCCCACUUCCAGCCCAGGCCCUGGUACACGGAGGCUGGUGAAGGUCUCGUCCACAGGCACUGAAUCUUCAGAUGACUUUGAGGAGCGAGACCCUGACGUGGGAGAUGGGCUGGAGAAUGGGCUCGGCAGCCCUUUCAGGAAGUGGACGCUGUCCACUGCGGCUCAGACCCACAGGCUACGGCGGCUGCGGGGUCCAGCCAAAUGUCGAGAGUGUGAAGCCUUCAUGGUCAGUGGGACUGAGUGUGAAGAGUGCUUCCUGACCUGUCAUAAGCGAUGUCUGGAGACCCUGCUGAUCCUCUGCGGACACCAGCGGCUCCCAGUCCGGACACCUCUCUUUGGGAUCGACUUUCUACAGCUUCCCAGGGACUUCCCAGAGGAGGUUCCCUUUGUGAUCACCAAAUGCACAGCUGAGAUAGAACACCGUGCCCUGAGUGUUCAGGGCAUUUACCGGGUCAGCGGAUCCCGGGUGCGCGUGGAGCGACUGUGCCAAGCCUUUGAGAAUGGCCGAGCACUGGUGGAACUGUCAGGAAAUUCACCUCAUGACAUCUCAAGUGUCCUUAAGCGGUUUCUCCAGGAGCUCACCGACCCUGUGGUCCCCUUCCACUUCUACGAUGCCUUCAUCUCUCUGGCUAAGACCCUGCGUGCAGACUCUGGGGACAACCCUGGGACCCCCAGCCCCAGUCCUGAAGUUAUCUGCUCGCUGAAGACUCUCUUGGUACAACUGCCUGACUCUAACUACAACACUCUGCGGCACCUGGUGGCCCAUCUAUUCAGGGUGGCUGAACGGUUUGAAGAAAACAAGAUGUCUGCCAACAACUUGGGAAUUGUAUUUGGGCCAACGCUUCUGCGGCCACCAGAUGGUCCAUGGGCAGCUGGUACCAGCCCUGUCACCUGCCUGCUAGACUCUGGACACCAGGCUCAGCUUGUUGAGUUCCUCAUUGUGCACUACGAGCAGAUCUUCGGGAUGGACGAGCUCCCCCUGGCCACAGAGCCACUGCCCCAAGACCCCAGCCCAGCCCCUGGGCCCCUUACAACCAGCCCCCAACCUCCAGUCCCAUUCCUUGACUCAGAGUCACAGUCCCCAGCCUUAGCCUCGGACCCUGACCCAGACUCUAAGUCUCAUAGUGCCCAGGAGGAGCAUUCUGAGGCCACAUCCUCCAAGAUUCCAGCUCUACAGAGUGACCAAAGAGAGGAAGUGGCUGAAGGUACCAAAAAUGGGGAAGGGGAAGUGUCCAGCCAAGGCCCUGAGGACUCACUCCUAGGAACACAGUCCCGCGGCCAUUUCAGCCGCCAGCCAGUGAAGUAUCCGCGGGGAGGUGUGCGGCCUGUUACUCAUCAACUGUCCAGUUUGGCCCUGGUGGCUUCCAAGCUGUGUGAGGAGGCCCCUAUCUCAGUGCACAGAGGGAGUCUGAGGGGGCGGGGGCCAGGCCCUUCUGCUGCCUCCUCUGACAACAGCACCCUGCGACGCACCCCACUGCCUAAGCAUUUUGAGAUCACCCAGGAGACUGCCCGCUUACUCUCUAAGCUGGACAGUGAGGCUGUGCCUAGGACCUGCUGCCCAGACCCCCAGCCUGAGGAAACCGAAGACCAUCUCUGACCAUCCUAAGGAGCCCAGGACAAAGAAGAUGGACCCAUAUCUCCUUACCUCUCCCCACCUAUAAAGAAAGACCACACGGCCUAGGGAGGCCUAAAACACUUUUGGGGCAGUGUCCCAGGAAUUUCCCACCAGACACAGGUGGUUUCAAGCACCAGGGCCUCUCUCAGGUUCAUAGGUCACUCAGGGUCAAUACUCAGGGUCAAUACAAGGUCAUGAGAUCCUUGGGGUCUGCCUUAGACUUUGAUCUCAGGGAUGGGGUGUGUUUUACUACUUUGGUUGUGAUCACUCCUCCUUUCCCACCUGCCUCCUCAGAUUCCAAGUAUUCCAUUCUUGGAGGAGAUGGGCAACCCAGACCCCACAUCCUGGUGGUGCCUGCAGCCUGGGAUCAGAUGGCCUCUAAAUAAACCGCCCUAUAUAUUC